GGCGCUAAUGGCGGAGCUGCCCGGCUCGCGCUCGCUCGCUGCAGCCUCGGGCCCGGCCUCGCGCUCUCGCCGUUCCCUCGCUCAGAGCGCGGCCCGGCCCCGCUCGGCUUGGCCCCCAUUGCGGCAUACCGCCUACUAAAGUGCAGAUUCAGGAUUAUAUCGCAACAGGAGUUGGUCAUUCAGCCUGUCAAGCCUGCCCUGCCAUUCAGUGUAAUCGUGGCUGGUCGAACACAUGAAUGCCUUUUUCCCCACCCCAUCUCCGUAAUCCUGUAUAUUACAGAAUAACAUUGUUCUCCAAUGGAUGUCUCGGAUAGCCCUGAUCGUGACCCUCAUUCCCCUGAGGACCAACUCUCUGAAAAUGAUCUAUUACUUGAGGGUGGGCAUGAAAAUGAUGAUGAAGAGGACAUAAGCAAACGUUCAGACAAUGAUGGAGAAUGCAUUGAUUCUGAGGAUAACGACCGUUGCAGUGAUGCUGAGAAUCAUAGUAUUGGUGAACUUGACAAUGAGGGGAGUCGGGACAAUGGGGAAACCCAUGAGUCAGAGGGGGAAGAGGACGAGGAAAAGUUGAGAGAAGAAGGAGAUUACAGUGAAGAAAGUGGAAGUGAGGAGCCAUCUAAAGACUUGGAUGCAGGAUUUGAUCACGACAAUGUCGCAAGCCCAAAAAGAACUAGCAAUACUGAGCAAACUGAUAAAGCUGUUUCUGAGAAACAAGAUUCCCAAAUUGAUGAGGAGACUGCAAAUGAUUCCAAGGACGAAGCAUCUUCUGUCAUUAGGGACUUGGAUGAACAUGAACUGGACUACGAUGAGGAGGUCCCUGAAGAACAGCCAGGGGCUGUGACAGAAGACAGUGAAAAACAAAGCACGGAAGAGAAAAGUAGUGACUCUCCAAAGGAGGGUGAAACGGAGAAAAGUCAACUUGAAGAGAGAAAGUCUGAAAGAGACAGAAAAGAUUCAUUUCGUGAUAGAAAAAAGGAUGAAGAUGAUGGGGAGCUUGAUGAAGGAGAAGUUGAGGAUGACGAUCUUGAGGAAGGUGAAGUGAAAGAUCCCAAUGAAAGAAAAGUCCGGCCAAAGCCUAUCUGCAGAUUCUACAUAAAAGGUAACUGCACGUGGGGAAAUAAUUGUCGAUUUAUUCAUCCAGGAAUAAAUGACAAAGGAAAUUAUUCACUGAUAGCCAAACCAGAUCCUUUUUCACCAAAUGGAGGACAUCACCUGGGACCCCAUCCAUUAAUGCAGGCCAACCCUUGGGAAACGCAUGUUUUGGGUGCUCCAGUGAUUGAUGAAUUGAUGCCACCCAUUCCCUUAGAACCUCCAGCAGAGAGUGCGUGGGAAAGAGGCUUACGACAUGCAAAAGAGAUGCUGAAAAAAGCCACCAUCAGGAAGGAACAAGAACCAGACUUUGAGGAAAAACGGUUCAAUGUUACCAUUGGUGAUGAUGAUUUUGACAAGGAAAAUGAUUUUUAUCGGGACUGGAAUUAUCGUGUUGCAAGAGACAUCCGAGAGCCAGGCGACUUGGAGUACAGAGAGGCAAUCAGUUACGGGCCUGACCCCUAUAUAACUCCCUAUUAUGAGCAUGAAGUUGAACGGUACUGGCGUGGUGGACAAUACGAGAACUUCAGAGUCCAGUGGACAGAAGCGGACUAUCAUUACAGGGAAAGGGAGAGGGAAAGAGAACGUGAAAGGGAACGAGAAAGAGAACGUGACAGACACAGAGAACAGCGUGAGAGAGAAAGAGAAAGAGAAAGAGAACGAGGAAACAGAAUACGAGAGAGAGAACGGGACAGAGAGCGUGAACGUGACAAAGAACGACAGCGGAGAAAAGAAGAGUGGGAAAGAGAGCGUGCAAAACGAGAAGAAAAAGACCGAGCUCAAAAAGACAGAGAACGAGAGAAGGAGAAACCAAAACAAAGAUCUCCACCUCCAGCAAGCCGGCAAGUAGAACCACCCAAGAAAGAAGCUGCUCCAGCAACUACUGUAAAAAGAGCAGAUGAGUGGAAAGACCCUUGGCGCCGAUCCAAAUCUCCCAAAAAGAGACCAGUUUCAACUGCAUCACCAGGCCGUGGGCGCAAGCGACGAAGAACAUCUGGGUCCUCUGUUUCAGUCUCUGGCUCAUCAAGGUCGUCUUCUCGUUCUUCUUCCUAUUCAGGAUCUGGAUCAUCUAGGUCACGUUCAAGGUCGCACUCAAGAUCAUCCUCUUACACCUCCUAUUCCAGCCAUUCCUCCAGACACAGCUCUUAUUCUGGAAGCAGAUCAAGGUCCAGGUCAUUCUCAUCCUCACCCUCCCCAACUCCAUCACCAUCCCGGGCAAAAGAUGCUGCAGUUACAAAGACCAAAGGGGGAGCACCUAGUGUUGGUGGAGGUGGAGAUGCCCCUGCUGCCACAGGAAAAAGUGAAAAAAUGGUGAAGAAACUUACAUCGCCACAGCCGACAGGACACACUACAGGGGCAAAGGUUCCAAAGACCACCGCAGAGGGCACAAAACCUGCUGAGAACAGAGAUGGAAGGAAGAAAGAACGCCAGCCCCGGACACCACCUCGGAGGCGGACAGCAAGUGGCAGUGGAAGUGACAGUGGCAGCAGCUACAGUGGAUCAAGCUCUCGUUCACGAUCACAUUCUCGUUCAGCAUCUCGGUCAACGUCAGCAUCUGGUUCUCAAUCUGCAUCCGGGUCCCACAGGUCAAGGUCCCUCAGUGUGAGCAGUGUAUCAUCUGUGUCAAGUGCAUCAUCAAGCAGCAGCUCUGUAAGAAGUGCCGAUUCUGAGAAUAUGUAUGCAGACUUAGCUAGUCCAGUGUCAUCUGCCAGCUCCCGAUCACAAGCUCCUGCACAGAAACAGAAGGAAAAAUUGAAACCCAAAAGAGAGGAGGCACCAAGAGACAAAGAGCGAGAGGAGAGGCGGAAACGUGAGAUUCCACCACAGCCACAGAAAUCUAGCUCCACACCAAAACCCACUCAGAUCAGCAAACCCCCACAGCUUGUCUACAGUGCACAUAAGGACAUUAAAUUGACACUGCUAAACAAGCCAGCUGAUAAGGGCACCAGAAAACGAUAUGAACCUUCUGAUAAGGAAAGACCGUCCUCUCCACCAUCCAAACGGGCUACAGUUUCUCCAGAAAGAGGGCAUCGUGAGCGGAAGGCGUUUGGAAGGCCACCGUCACCAAAAGGUGAUCGUCAGAGUAGUCGAACUCCAGCAGUGGUUAGGUCAUCUCCUGCCCAAGCAGAACGGAAACGGCCACCAUCACCACAGUCAAAGGUCUCAAGCAAAGUGACCAGUGUGUCUUCAAGUUCCAGCAAGUCUCAUGACACAACAGCCUCUGCCGCUGCUACAUCCUCUGCAAAGUCAAGCAAAUCCAGCACGUUAUCACGCAGGGAGGAGCUGCUGAAACAACUGAAAGCUGUAGAGGAUGCCAUUGCCCGCAAACGAGCAAAGAUUCCUGGGAAGGUCCAGUAGCUGUGAACCAAUCAACGUGGGACCACAGUCUAUUGAUUAGAGACAGCUGUCAGUAUUUUCAAUGAUUAAAUCUGAGAUUUUUUCAGGAAGUAGCCAUGUUGAGGGACUACUUAGGUGCCUCACUGCCAUCCUCUCAACCUCCUGACAACCCAGUGGGUGACAGCUGCAAUUUAACUCCCAGAUCUGUCAUCAGUUUUUUUUAAAAAGUGGAGAGAUUGCUGCAGACUGUGAACUCUAUUACGUAUUUAACACAAACUGACGCUGCAGUGGCAAUCUGUUCAGACCAACAGUCAAGGACUGGACAUGAACAUAUGAAAUCUGACCCUAGGGAAAGCCACACCUUUUACACUGCUUUAGAAGUUCUUAGUGUGUGUGUGUUGUCUGAAGGAAUUCCCCAAAUAUACAUAAUGUGUUACCAGAGAGCAGGUGAAUGUGCUGUCAAACGCUGCUUUCUUGUUCUCCCUCCAUUUUUUGGGCAAACUUGUUCUUCUGGCUUCCCAAAUAAAUAUUCUUUCUUUUAUUUUACACUUUUCAGAUUUUUAAUCGCGUGUACACACCUAAUGGUUGUGUUGGAUGUGUAGGUUAAAGACUGAAAACUCUGAAACGAUCAUUCUGUUAACACACAGCUGGGUUAUUGCAGUAAAACUGUUUUUUUAUAUGCUGAUAACAUCUGCAGAAGCUGGGAGGACAGUAAUUGCAUUGAAUGGGCAGAUAAAUGUUCAGGAUUGACUUUUUUUACAUGACUUUAAUAAAGGAUUUACUAGUUGUAAAGAUUCAGAACUGUUUUGAUCAGUAACCUAGCCUUAAGUUAAUGAAAGUAAGUCUGCGUCAAUAUUUGCACUUGAGGAGAUACUCUUCACAGGUCGGUCAGCUUCCUCACUGUUCUUGCGCUUCACGUGUCACAUAUAGAAGAUGCAAGAUGAAAAGUUGCCUCAACCUUCCGCAUCAAACUGUGCUGACCCUCAGCUUGUACCUGUCUAAGUUACAACCCUCAGGCAUGAUUCACAUGAGCAUCUUACGUAGUGCCAUCCUCUUUCCUUCUCCCCAUAAUUCUGCGCAUUCUUCUCACUCAGAAGCCCAUCAAUUCCUUUUUGAAAAUCUUGAAUGAACCUACCUGCUGCACACUCUCGGGCAACAUGUUUCAGACCCUUAUUGUGUGAAAAAGUUCUCUCACAUCACCUUUUCUUCUUCUAUAAAUUACUUUAAAUCGGCACCCUCUUGUCGAUCCUUUCACUUUUGACUUUUUUUUACAAACUGUCUCUGCUUGCCAUCUCCUCAGUCCCUGCAACUUCCAUGGGAUCAACUCAAAAACAGAUGCAGUAAAACCCUUCAGGCUGUUCAUAUGCAGGCACUGUCACCUUUUGUCUGCCUUACAGCUGAAACUGAGGCUUCCUGCCAUGCAAAGUUGCCUGAUCCUUAACCUGAGGUAUAUCAUACACACAUUUCACAUCUUCUCAUGUGUAUGUUUACAAUCCUCGCUUCCUGUAAGUGUGUGUUUAUGAUGAUGAUAAGUGGCUUCAGGUGAAGCUUGACGUAUAAUUAAAUAUAAUUAGUUGAUUGAGUAAACAUACCUUAGAGUGAGGCUUUUUCUUGGUUUUCAAACUACACGUCACUCAUUUUGUUUUCCCAACUGGAAAAAUGUAAAUUGCUAGCAAUAUUCUUAAGUCUGAGUGUAAUGCUACAGAAAAUAAUAUACAUUCGCAGAAUUCUUGGAGUGUCCUGCAUGUGCUGGUCCUUGAUAACUUUGGAGCCAGAUGGCUCUUGGUCACCAAAAGAGCAAGCAAAAAUAAUUUGAAGCCAAUUUUAAAGGACUUUUUGAACCAAAUCAGUUGGGAAUGUGGCACAUAAUCAAGCUGCCUAGUAGACUUUUAUUUAAGGAGUAACAGCAAGCAUUGUCUUUCAGCUCAGUUGAACUUUCAGGUAAAUCCACUUGCAGUCAGAGAAACUGCUUUGUUUCUUUUUAUCCACACGAAAACAAGAUUAUCAGGAUCCAGUUUGGAACCAAGUACUGAUAGGCUGAGACACAUUCCCACUCGAUUUGACAAACCAUGACAGAAACAGAUCCAAGUAACUUGACGAGUUAAUCUCUCAGGGCCGUGCUUCAUUGAGCAGCUUGGAGCAGUGUCUAAUCUAAUGUCCAUAGGUCAGGGUGAACCUGAGUGGCUGCUGUAUUGAAGUCACAGGAACGGAAUUCCUGUUGCAGAACUAAAGUGUCAGGGGCAAAGUCUGAGACAUUGUAGCUGCUAUCCUUGUCCUGUUAAAUUGUGCACAUUUACAAUAUGUUUCUGCAUUUGUUUCUUAUUUGUAUGUAUGUAAUAGAUCUUCAAAUCUCAUCAAAUGUUGAAGCUUGGAUCAUUGUCUCUCUUGGGGGCUCUGAGUGAGUCUAGGAUACAUUAAAUGCAAUGUACGUACUCUGGGAUUUCAUUGGUGCAGGAGUUUCUCUUGCCGAUCAUGCCAUCAUUAGCUCAAAUCAGGAAACUAUUUAAAUACAGUUUCCAAAACCUCUGCCUGGCGGCUGUGCAGGAUAUAGUCAAAUGGAUAAAGGUGGGGCUGUUUUCAAGAUUGCCCCAGUGUUGCGUCACUAGCUGACAGAAUCCAUAGCAACUGGGCAGUGUUUGCUGCAAUGUUUUGUUUGUGAACUGGAAUGUUGCCUUUUGCCCGGCAAGUUUUUAUAAAAGUUCUUGUCAGUCAACCAAAUUGAUCUGAAGCAAUGGUGGUGGUGGAGAGAGUUAGGAACUGCAGACUACAUCAGUGUGUGCCCUGCAGUACUAAGACUAAGACACAUGAAUAGAACAGCAAACUGCUUCAGUGGGUUUGCUGAUUGUCCACAGUGGUUUGCAAUUGUUUCCCCUCUCUUCCUCCAGGCAUUUUCUAUUGCUAAGAUUCCGGGGGCAUCAAGUGACCUUGGAUACCUUUGUCAUGAAGUUAAUUAAGACAGUGCUGCUUGGAGGCUGUUUAAUUACAGCAACAUUUCAGCUGGACCUAUCCCCAUUGACCAAGGAUUCUUGAGCUCAGUAGAUCAGAGGCUGAAAUUAAAUAUUCAGAAUACACCAGCAUAAAACUGCACCUUGAUCUAAAGGGAGCAGCUGCCAAUGCAUUUUGCACUAUAGAGCCAUAUGGAAUGUAUCUCUGGUUUUAUGUCUUUUAUCCCUGAUUAACCGAGCUGGAUAGAAGCAAUAUUCUACUAUCCAUUGAGUGUCAUAUGGUAACGUGUGUAGACUCUUCCUCUCUCUUUCUUGCUGUCUCCCCAAUCUUUGAUUUAUUAGUAUAUUCACAAGUCUGAGUUUUUUUCAUAAUCAUUAUCAGAAACCAAACAGAAAUCAGGACUGUGCUUUUGAUUGAGGAUGUCCUGCAAAGGAAGACCCAGGAUCAGUUUGGGAAUUCUUUGCCUGUAAUUCAGCGCAAGGAUUUAAUAGAACUAAAUAGUACAUAAGUUAUCGACAUGUUGUAUGUGACCAACGUGGGACAUCUGUACUGUGGCUCUAUUUGGGGUUGCAUUGAAAGUUGUCUAAUGUGUGACCAAUGGUUUAUAUAGAGAGAGAGGGUCCAGCACAGGCUCCAAACAUCAACAAACAUAACCUGAGUGCUCACAUUAUAAUUUAUUUGAGUGAGGCUCCCUUGGCUUAAUGGGCCGAAUCAACUAAAGUGUAACUAGGUCAAUGAAAAAUACUCGCUCACAAUGAGAACGUAAAUUGAUUUAUUAGAAAUGAAAACUAAUGGAAUGUUUCUGGAAUGUGUGUUGAUACUGAACUGAUGCGGUUUCAUAAGUUUGCUUCAUUUAUACUCCUGGUAUGCACCCUUCAUACACUGGGCACCAUCUUUAGUUUACUGAUAUAUUCUGUAUUGCUGUUUGUGGGCAGUAACUCACUCCCUUAACCAGCUGAGUCAUGAGGCAAACUGCAGUGCGGUGCUCUAACUGUGAAGUUCUUAGAGCUCUAAACACUAUGCAGCACGAAGGUAUUUGUAAGUAAUUGCUCCCUAACAAAUUGUACACGAGUCAUCACAUGAUUCAAGGAUGCUGAAAUCCCGUGACUCCCAGCCCUAUCAGUAGCUUUCAACUCCUGUUCCCUCCUUCCUUUUCUGGAUCCAUAAGGAGCUGGCCCCUGCCUGACUGUUAACAAUAUGAUAAUAUUCAAUCACAUCCAAAACUAAUUGCCUUCCUCACCCAAACUCCACUUGUGGGCUUUCAGUGGGAUGGUUACUAGAUAGCUCUCAGUUGGAGAUCUAGAUGGCAUCCUCUCUCUCUCCCCCCCCAACUCUCUGACUCUCUCCCAUUAUCUCUUGUUUCCCCCCUCCACUAUUUCUAACUCACUCUCCUCUCUGUGUCUGUUCCCCUCCCUCUUCUGCCAUAAAUGUUUUACUAGUUUUUGUGUGUCUCUUCUCCUCCUGGGAUCGGUAAACCUCCCCAGCGAGUAAUCUGAAUCUUACUAAAUUGGCUUUUAAAGACAUUGUUUAAAUUAAAUGAUUUCAUGAUUAAUCUAGGUAUGCACACUUCUGUUGUGGUCUGUGUUGUUCUGGGUGACUAUUUAAAGAGGAAGGCCCAGUUAAUUCUCAGGCUGAUGCCAUUAAAUACAGUGAAACAUUUAUUCAGAACCUUAAAUUGGUUGAAGUCUGCAUGUGCAGUCAGAGUGUUUCGUAGUGUCUGUACCAGUCAACCUGCAAUAUUAGGUAAUGUCCCUGGGGACAGUCUGCAAAUUUCUUUGGUGUCUGUACAUUCUGCUUGUACGUACAGUCUCUAGCGUUCAUCAGUCCUUGCAGACUUUCACCAUUCCCGGGCAACCUGCAGGGUUCACUAUCCAUUUUAGUCAAGAUUGGAGAAAGCAAUACCAGAUGUUGCAGAGGUCAGAUUAUCUGCUAGAAAUACAACAAAUCUGUGAGAUAAAAGCAGCUCUAUUCCAAGUUCUAACCUCAGCCUGUCUCAGUAUUGGAGCUAAUGGACCGUUUAAAACAAUUGGUGUUUUUCUAAAUUUGGGGCAAUGGAGAUAUAUAUCAGUGGACUGAUGAUCGUGAGCUUUGUUGUGGCAGAAGUUAACAGGCUGAAUGUUACUGUGAAAUUGGCCAAGUAGAGGUAACUUGCUGAAACUUCAGGCCCCAGUGGGGCGAAGCUGGGCUGGUCAAGGCAUUGUAGCUGAGAACAAAGACCAGCUGUUCUUGUGUGGUGAAGCAGACAGUUGCAUAUAUUAUACUAUAAAGAAUUUCUUGGUGUUUAAAAAUCCUGACUGUUUCAGUUAUUAUAGUAAAAGUUUAUAAAAAGCUGCAGUUGCUUAACAUAAAAGCAAAAUACUGUGAGCAGUAGAAAUCUGAAAUGAAAACAAAAUACUGGAAGUACAGGCUUGAUAAAAGCCUUUUUUUUCUCCUCUCAAUCCAAUUGCCAUUCUCUUGUUUUUGCUUUUUUUAAAAAAAACUAUUUAUUAUUUUCGUCCUCUGCAAACCUUUCAAACCCUCUUGGCUGCCUUUCUUAAUUCUCCUCAUUUGUAAGAGUGGGUAAGAAUGGCCUCUAGGGAUUAGUGCUGGAGGUUUGUAUGCUCCCAAUCUCCUCUGUGUUUGAAAAUCUGAGUGUGCUGUGCAGAGAUCCUUUGGUUACUUCAUAUCUUUGAUUGCACGGUCAGAGAAUGACAGCAAUUUCAUCAUAGAUUACACUGUGAUAGAGAUUACAUUGGCACUGAGUCCAGGUGGAUUGCCCCUUUGUGAGGUCUCCAAGGGUAUCCAAGGUGAAGCAUAAAGUGCUAAUUUCAAGAGAAGUUUCCUAGUUACUCAGGAUAGUCUUCCCUACAUACAAACACUGUCAGAGCUUUACCCAGAGCCUGCUGAACCUUGUCUGAGCCCCUCCCUAAUCUCUGCAUGAAGUAAAUGUUCAGUUUGGGUUGAAUCCUAGAAGAGUGAACAGCAACACAAAGACUGAUUUUACUGGGAGUUAGUGGAAUUCCAAAUGUAAAUGCUGUGUUGCUUGGAGGAAUCUGCAGGUGCAGGUUCUGCCAAUUAAACCUGUUUGUACAGAGCCACAUGGAAGGCAGCCAUGAUUAAUGUUUCUCUGCUAGUUGCGCUGAUGCUCAUUGUUUCUUUCUAUGAAGAGUUUUGUAUUAAUGGUAGUGAUUGUGUAAAAUCUAAACUUUUUGUAUUUUCUGCUCCCUGUAAUGGUUGUUCCAAACCCCAGUCCCAUAAAAUAAACUCUGUAUCUCUUGUCUAA